AAAGAUUUUUUUUAAAUCGCACCACGACGUCAUCAAUCAGCGCCCGUGUUGUGUCAACAAGCUAACAGGAAAAACAUCGGUGAAGUUUGAACGCCUAUACCUGCCUUUAUUGUUGAGUGUUUGGCUCUGCAGAACUGAAUGAGGUGCAGCUUUCUGCCAGUGCUGUUUCAUACGUGCUGCUGCUGUCAGGAUGGGCCAGCAGCUCUCAGGUCAGGCGGUGAUGAACCAUCUGCCUGAGAAGCUGGUGAAACACGCCGGACUGGUACGUGACAGCGGCUACCUGACCUACGAGGAGUUUCUGGCAAGAGUGGCCGAACUCAACGAAGUUACGGCCAAGCUAGCUUCUGGACAGCAGAAGCACCUGCUGUUUGAGGUUGAGCCAGGAUCCGAUGCCACGGCCUUGUGGAAGGUGGCUGUCAGGGUCCUCUGUACCAAGAUCAACAAAGAGAACGGUAUGUUGGAAGCGUCACGCAUCAUGAACCUGUACCAGUUCAUCCAGCUGUACCGUGACGUCACCAGCCAGGCUGCUGAGGUGCUGUCUGCAGAGGGCCCGUCUGCCCAGCUCCCCUCCACAGACUCCUGCCAGGCCAGCAUGUGGAUGGGCAGAGUGAAGCAGCUGACCGACGAGGAGGAGUGCUGUAUCUGCAUGGACGGAAAGGCCGACCUUAUUCUGCCCUGUGCGCACAGCUUCUGUCAGAAGUGCAUUGAUAAAUGGAGUGGGCAGAGCCGAAACUGUCCGAUAUGUCGCUUGCAAGUGACUGCUGCCAAUGAAUCAUGGGUAAUGUCUGAUUUCCCCACAGAGGACGACAUAGCUGGCUACAUACUCAACUUGGCUGAUGAGGCGGGUCAUCCACACAGGCCUUAACACACAGCAUAAUGGGCCAAUUAGAUGACAAGAGAAAUCGACCCGCACCAAGUAGACAACACAAAACGUCACAUUCACAGAAGAAGAGAUUUUUCCUAAAAAGCAGAAGAAACCAGCAGGGUUUCUUACUUAUUUUGUUCUUAUUGACCAGUUUGGAAAAUGAAGUCCUAAACAAAAUUCCAGGAUGCUUUUUGUAACCAAAGUAUUGGAGAUGUGGUGCUUAAUGGGAACUGUGUGUGAUAAAAUGUUCUCUGAAGUUAUAAUUCAGUAUUUGUAAUAUGAUAUAAUAAAUUUAGAUCUAAUAAUUUAACACAAGGGGGGGGGGGGAGCCAGGCUAGCCGUUUCCCCGUGUCAAGCCUUUAUGCUAAGCUAAGCUAACUGGCUAUUGGCUCUAGCUUGAUUCAGUAGUUAACAGACAGACAUGAGAGUGGUAUCAGUCUUGUCAUCUAAUGCAGCCAGAAAGUAAAUAAGUGUUUUUCCCAAUAAUGUUGUGCAUCAAAUGCAAAUCUAAGACGCAGAUUUUCUGGUCAAACUGUAAAACCAAAUUUACUUCUCACUCGUAGAGUUGUUCUGUUGUCUGUGCAAUGUAACCCUGCAUGUUUAUACCCCACAUGCCUUAUGAGCCGUGUUAUGUGAACCUGUUAUAAUCUGAUGUUCUGAUCCAGUUCAGAACCUGACACAGUGACUAUUCUAGUCUUUUGGGUGUACAGAACUAAAUAGUGUUGUAUAAUUUAAAAUGACUUGGCUUGUUGUGGUGUCUUCACUGGUGGAAUUUGUCAUGCUGUUUUCAUCCUUUUACUUUGUACAUAUUUUUUUUUAAAUUUACAGUAAUUUAUUAAGGUUAUUAUAAUCUGAUUGCUGUAGAAGUACUUUAGUUCACACUCCCGAAAGGGCCGGUCUUUGUUUUGCCCUUGAUUAGCACAGAUUUAUUAAGAUAGGGGACUUUUUAGUUACAAAUAAACUCUUAUAUUAUGUACAAAUAAAGUAACAUAGAAUUUAAAACCGCGAAAAUAGUUUUAUUAAAAAAAAAACCUUAUUUCCAGAUCAAAUAAAUCACAUGCAAAAGAAACUCACUGUGGUUGUGAUUUAUAAGGACUGGAUCUAUGCUGAAGUAUUUAAAAAAAUAUAUAUAUAUAUAUUAUGAGCAACAUUUUAAUUUGAGUGAUACAUUUCUAUUUUACUGAAAUCUAAUGUAUUAUUUAAAGUUGUAAAGAUAUGGAAGGCUAAUUUAAUUUAAUUAAGUUUUGUUGUGUGACAUUCAGCGAGCUAAUCAGUUUCACAUUUGAUCACAUUUAGAUCAUUUAACACAUUUUUCCAAUUGAGACAGUAACACACACAAUUAUUCAAGGCUAAAGUAAUAUAAGUUUUACUAACUUCACAGAAUAGUAAUUUCUUGAAUAGAUAUUUGAUUUCUCUUCAUUUAAUGGACCAUAAACGUGAAUUUUAAAUUUGAACAAAAGCCAGUUUUGGUUGUCUAUGAUGACAAAUCACACUUUGAAAACUCACUGUAACUUUCUCGGUGUUUGUGCACUACAACGGAGGAUUUCAUCUCUGUGGUGAGAAAUAUCUGACACUCUAAUCCUUUUAGCAGUACAACCAAAAAUGUGCAGCUGCAGGUGACUCUUCUUUACUACGUGGUCCAUUCAACAUGUAUGACACAAAGUUGUAAUAGAAUGAGAAAGUUUUUUUCAUAAUAGAUUACUAUAAAGCAUCUGAUCCUACAUACACACAUACGUUUGCUGAAUGGAAAGAGACAUUUAAAUUGAAUUGAUUCAUACUGUAUUAUCCUUAAUAAAGAGAUACUCACUUUUUGCACUUUAA